CCUCGCAUUGGAUUUGAUUUGGGGUAUGGAGUCUCGUCACGCCUCCCUUGGUCGUCGAACGUUGGAAGAAAUUCGUCAAAAGAGAGCAGCAGAGAGAUUAAGCAAGACAUCUUCUGGACCAGAUCUUGCUAAACCUGAGGAUUUGGGGAUUACAAAAUCUCAGAGUGCAACUCGCUUAUCAGAGAAUGAUAUCACUGCCUUAGUUUCUCAAUUGAAAGUUGUGCAAAAACAAAACACACAACUAGAUGAAGAAAAUAGAGCACUCGCCUCAAAGCUUCAGACAAAAGAAGUUGAGAACAACAUGUUGCAAAAACGUCUUAAUGAUCUGGAGCAAAUCACUAUACCUUCAUUAAGAAAAGCACUCAAGGAUGUUGCCAUGGAAAAGGAUGCAGCAGUUGUUGCACGAGAGGAUCUUUCAGCUCUGCUUCGUACAAUUAAGAAACGCUUGAAGGAAGUAGAAGAGGAACAGUAUCGGGCUGAAGAGGAUGCGGGAUCUCUAAGAGCAGAACUAAACUCAUUACAGCAGCAAGCAAUGACCGGUCCUGUUAGUGGUUUAACUUCAAUGAUUUUUCCGCCAGAUCAUAUGCAAGCUAUGGAGAAGGAGCUAGCAAAUUUAAAAUCUCAAUUAGAGCAAGUGACCCUGUUGACGCAACAAGAAAGACAGCAGUUAGCGGAGGAGAAAGCGCAUGUAUCUGCACUAAGUUCUCAAAGGCAGGAUUUGGAAGAGAAGCUUGCUGUUAUGUCCAAAAAGGUCUCAGGUGAAGUCACCGGAAAGGCAUCCCAGAAGACAUUCUCAGAGGAAGACAAGGUGAGGCUUGAAAAGCAAUUACAUGAUAUGGCAGUGGCUAUUGAAAGAUUGGAAAGUAGCCGGCAGAAACUUCUAAUGGAGAUUGAUUCACAAUCCUCAGAGAUAGAGAGAUUAUAUGAGGAAAAUUCUAAUCUUUCUUCUGCUCAUCAAGAAGCUUUAGGGGUGGCGGUGCAGUGGGAGAAUCAGGUCAAAGAUUGUCUCAAGCAAAAUGAGGAGCUUCGUGUUAUGUUAGAUAAGUUAAGGAAUGACCAAACUGCAAUAGCAACUGCAAACAACAACCUGAUCCAGCAAGGCGUCAAAGGCAGCAAAAAUGAAAUUCAAGGCACAGAAUAUGCUGACAUCAUCUCCAUCAAGGGUUCGCUAGCUGAAGAGCAGAGCAAAAUAGAAGCCUUGUCUGCUGAAAUCUUGCAGCUUAAUGCACGGCUCCAGCAGGCCAUACAAGCAUACAAUGGUCUCACUCGCAUCUAUAAACCUCUUUUAUGGAACAUUGAGAAUAGUCUCGUCAAGUUGAAACAAGAUAGCAGCACCGUAAGAGUUCAGUGAAGGUGUAACAUUUUAAGUGGUACGUGAAGUUGAUAACCUACUACAUCAAGGUUCAUUAUCACAACCAUUCGUUAUAACAACAUUUUACUAUAACGAUUGACAAGUAAUUUUUCAUCUUAUAUUUUACUUCUCUGUAACAACGUGUUCUACCUAUAAGAACAAUGACAUUCAUACAUUGCGGUGCACUUUUUAUAAAAUUACAUAUGAUAUGUA